UUCCGCCAUCUUGGAGCCGAAUUAAGUUGAUCCCAGUCUCUUUUGUGGCUCCUGUCAAAUCGGAACUGAAGGUCUGAGAUCACGAUCAAAGGGACAUUUAAACCACAAGACACUUCCGACUCCUGUCAGACUUCGACCCAGAGAAGCACAGACCUUCAAAACACCCUUUAACACGAUCCGAGCGAAUAACUGCACCAAAGCACAAGGAGCCUGAAUGGAGGCCCACGGUUCAGCGAGAUUGUCCAGGAAGAGAAAGCGAGAAGGUUCUAAUGGAGAAGCAGAAGAGGGUGAGAAGCCGCUGAAGUUAAAGAGAAACACAGUGGGUCUGAAAUACCCGGCUCCGUAUGCAGAUCAGCUGGAGUCAAUGGAAGAUAAGCCAUAUCAGCGCGUCACCAUGGAGGAAGCGCGCAAAGGCACUCCAUUCGAGAGGCCUGUACGUGUGUACGCUGAUGGCAUCUUUGACAUGUUCCACUCAGGACAUGCCCGCGCUCUCAUGCAGGCUAAAUGCCUUUUCCCAAACACUCAUCUUAUUGUAGGUGUGUGUAGUGAUGACCUCACACACAAGUUAAAGGGCUUCACCGUCAUGAACGAGGAUGAGCGCUAUGACGCGGUUAGUCACUGUCGCUAUGUGGACGAGGUGGUCCGCAAUGCUCCAUGGACUCUCACGCCUGAGUUCCUCACCAAGCAUAGGAUUGACUUUGUGGCCCACGAUGAUAUCCCAUACUCCUCAGCUGACAGUGAUGAUGUUUACAAGCACAUCAAAGAAGCAGGAAUGUUCGCACCAACCCAACGGACAGAGGGCAUUUCCACCUCCGACAUCAUCACACGCAUCGUACGAGAUUAUGACGUCUACGUCAGACGAAAUCUUCAACGUGGCUACACCGCGAAAGAGCUUAAUGUCAGCUUCAUCAAUGAGAAGAAGUACAACCUUCAGGAGCGUGUGGACAAGGUGAAGAAGAAGGUGAAGGACGUGGAGGAGAAGAGUAAAGAGUUUGUGCAGAAGGUGGAGGAGAAGAGCAUCGACCUGAUCCAGAAAUGGGAAGAGAAGUCCCGCGAGUUCAUUGGCAACUUCCUGCAGAUGUUUGGACCGGAGGGAGCAUUGAAGCACAUGCUGAAGGAGGGUAAAGGGCGAAUGCUUCAGGCCAUCAGUCCGCGGCACAGCCCCAGCAGCAGUCCCACGCGCGAGCGCUCCCCGUCUCCAACUUUCCGCUUGCCCUUCUUCACCAAAACCUCCCCGCCCUCCUCGCCCUCAUCGCAUCACAGCAGCGCCCUCUCUGGCUACACCUACGCCGCCCGAGGGCAGGCCAUCAGCGAAGAUGAGGAGGACGACGAAGAUUAGCGUCCCAGCGCACCACGCAUCUGUCUUCCAAUACUGGCAACCCAACCUCAAAAACGAAGCAAUCCUUACACCAUCCAUCGGUCUCGCUCUCUGUAUUACUAACACACACGAAGGGUUAAAAUGGAGCAAUGUCUAGAACGUUAGUGACCGAGUCUGCUCCAACUUGAGGGGUUUUUAAGUCAUUGUCAGCGAUGGGAUGCGAGUAUUCGAACUCCAGCGUCCCGUGUUGAAUCACGCCGGAUUGGCAGGGCUUUGUCGCGUUUUAAAACGAGUGCACGUGGUAUUAAUGCAUUUCGAUUUUAAGUUCAGUUUUAAUGUUUUAUCGUAAUAUAUAAUUGUUAGGCAUCUCGUAAGUCCUGUGUGUUUUUGGGGCAAGGUUGAUUUCUCAAGGUCUUCGCACGAAUACGACCUCACGUUGGUGAAUUCACAUCGACACACUGGCACCGAAACGUUCGUCAUAAAAGGUUCUUUUUGCAUCCGUAGCAAGCGUUUUUGAUUGGAAAGGAGGGCGAAUAUGAAAAAACGCACACAAAAAUGUCACACUUUUAUGUACAGCGGGUACAAUGCUGCAAGGCUAAUUAUCUAAAUAUAAAAAAGAAAAAGGAUAAAAAAAGAUUUGUCGGUAUUACGAAGUGUAUAAUCAGUUUUGUCAUGGUUAAUAAUUCUACAAAUGAGAAAAAUACGCCAAUAUUAUACAGGCAUGAUUGAGUGGAAGUAUGGUUUGUUUUAGUUAAGGUCAGAAUUCCAAAUUUGAACACUCUAUUUAAAAAAUAUAUGCUUAGUAUCCUAAAGACUUAUCUGUUUUUACAGUAAAAAAAAAAAAAAAAAAAAAAAAAAAAAAGAAAAUAUGUAAUUUUAUCACCGCACAAUGCCCUGUUUCUCUCUCACUGUGAUUGUUUUCUUUCAAAGAGCUCUUAAUGAAAAUCCUAAAACUUAGGUUGAAGGGCUAGUUUUCCGAGUUCAGUUAAGAUCUUUGGGCACGAGCUUGAUAAUUACAUAAUUAGAUUCGGCAAAAUGAGUCUUGCACGUUUUGAAGUCGAAUCAGCAGAGCUGUUAAGGAACGAAACCACUUGAAAGGAGUAUUCUGGGUUAAAUACAGCUUGCGCUCAACAGUCUGUGUUCAGUGCGUCAGAAAAACAAAACUGAAAUCGGGUGAGAGUUACAUACAGUGCAAUUGCUUUAAGAGUUAUCAGCUGAGGGACAAGAUGAUGUCUUAAGCUUUAACUUGUAUUUAACCCUUAACAUUCGCUUUGUCACCCUUUUUGAUGUACAUUUAUGGACGGAUAUGCAACGGUCAGUUUUAGACAGUAUGUGUUUCAGUUGAGAUUGUACCACCAGUGAUUAUAAUGUCUACGUAUAAUAUCUCAUCUGAUGAGAGGCAGAGGCUCAACAAACUGCUGUCCAGACUCGCACUGAUGUCAGAAUUCAGCUAUUGUUAUGCAAAUAGUUACUGCUUCAUUUUUAUGGUAAUGUCCGUUUUCCAGCCUCUGACUUUUUCUUUGCACAAAUUAAGCGACUCUAGGAGAGACUAUUAUUUUAUUAACUUUGCCUUCCCUUGUCCUGUGAGCCUUUUGAUUUGUACAGGAUGUCAACGGAGAGGAAGACAAAUAAAUGGCGUCUAAUGUACAAAAA